AUGCACAGUUCCGGAUUCAUUGAAACCACCGCUGCUGCGAGAGGCCGUAUCCUCCCGGUUGUACGACGACAAAUCAAGCAUAUCCGGAUCUCGGAGUUCUUGGUCAGAAAUGUCUUCCGUACAUUUACGUCGGGUCAGGCGAGAUAUCCUCGAGGAUUAAAUUUGCGAGCGAUAAAAUCGCUGAAAUCUGAUAAGUAUCCACAAUACGGUCGUGGGUUCCACAAAAAUAAAUGCGAUCAUACUGCCCAUAAGUCAAAUUUCGCUGGUGGAGGGGCUUCUAACCAUGGGUCAGACGGCCUGUUUAGCUGGGGUUCACGGCUUGAAGACCCUCCUCGUUUCGACUAUUCUAGGCCGUCGAAUGUGUCGCAGGAGGUUCGAACCCAGCGUGGAGAUGGGAUAUUUAGGAUUCUUGGUACUGCAAAAACCAAGAUAGACGACGAAAACGGGUCACCGUGGUUGUUCGGUCCGCAAAAUGAAAUACUUUGGAAAUAUUCGUCCAGCACCAAGCAAGAGGUUUUAGUCGGGUUUCCUCCUCGGGUACCUUACUCAACGGCCAGAUCGCCUUCAGAACCCUGGUUACCAGCUCCACGAGAUCGUCUUAGCGAACUCAUUGAACACGACAAUCUACCACCGGCAAGAACCUUACGGCCCUCGGUUCGGCGAGCGGCACUUGUUGACCUACAAGUCCAAAAAAUUCUCCGCGAUGUCUUACAUCCGUCAAUAAUUUUUGAUUCGCAACCGGAGUUAGAACCUAGCAAACCUAACCUUGACACCAAUUCAUUGCCGGAGGGAAAUAUUGGACAGUCAUCGCGCGGUAGCCUUGGGUUGAUACCAUAUUCCCUUAAACAGCUUGCUCUUGUUAUCACCCAGACGAAUCCCGAUUUGCAACAUGCGGAGAUAAUCAUCAGCACCAACCAGCCCUCGCAAUCUGAUGAGCACGCGGAUGUGAGGGCGGAAACGCUCGCGGGCUCUGAAAAGGACGGGCUCCGAAUUCCAACAACGGCUCUCAAUAUGACGUCGGCUGUUUCGGCCCCUCGCACCACGGAACCGAUCCAAUUCGAAGAUGUUGAAGUACCAGUGUCGACGAACAUAGCGCAAACCCCAGAAGAGCCAUAUUCAGCCACAGCAGAGGUCGACGCCCUGGCGGAUGUUUCAGAGGAUGAGUCAGUUGAAUAUACGGAACAGCCCCCGGCCGCAGAGCUAAGCCCCGCCUUGACAAUCGAAGAUUCUCCGGUCGUUAACAUAUCCUUCGAUUUCCUUGAAACAAUACACUGGGAAGGGGUGAGGCUCCCAUUCCAGCCACCAAAGAUAUUACUUCCAAAGGAACAAAGAUUGGACGUCUCGAGCGUACCCAAAUUAGAGGAUAUCCAAUAUGAGUUGCUUAAACUAGCAGCGGACAAGUCAACAUCUUUGGAAAGCCGCAUACUCAUUUAUUCUCAGAUCGAUACGAUAUAUGGGAUCGAAAAUCUUCCUGACCCUAAAUCAUUUUUCGAUGCCUUUUUACCAGGGCUCAGUUCUAGGAGCGGCACUAUCAGUCAAGAUGUGAUGACUUGGAUUUCCGCACACAAAAGUAUCUCAAGACUGCAAGGAAAGAGAUUGUUGCCAGAUGGAUUUCUAGAGAACCAGGGAAUCGUGAAACUCCCCAACAAGGCUAAAAGGGCAUACAGCGCGAUUAUUGAUGAUCCGUUUAGAAACCCUGAUAUCUCAAUCCAUAGAUCCUGGGCCUUGGCGAAGGCUCAUAUACAAAGAGCAGAGAAGACCUCGACUCCAAACCACCAUUUCUUACCCUUCACGACUGUUAGAAUAUUUCUUGAGAAAAUCAUAAAACUCUUGCAUAGUGGAGCCUGGAAUAGCGUCAAAGGCCAAGCAGUAAUGUCAGGUCUGGAAAUCCUUAAAUACUGCUUUGAAGUUCAACAGCGCUAUCCUUUUCUUCUCUUCUUGGAGCUGGCCCGGUUUUUGAUGGCUUGGAAAAGACAUUGGACUACGCGGGAAUUUCUCGAUGAUAUUGGCAAGGGUGGACAGAAUGUGGCAGAUGACAGUAGCAGUGUAGCGGAACCAUCGAGCCCAGACAAUUCCUCGCUUCCGGAUAUCCCAGGACUAGAUGAGUUCUUUCGAGUUCUCCCCCGGGAGUACAUCGAUCGAUUAGUGUGUACCCUGAUGCUCCACGCCAUUGUUCAUUCAAGCGAGCCACUUUCGGAAGCCCACUAUCUCAGGAAGAUAAUGCCUUUUUCUCGGAAGUACCCGAUGGCAGAUCUCAUGAAAACCAUGUAUAGAGAUGGAGGCUAUUUACCUUUUUUGAAAGAUCCCAGUCUUUAUGAUAAGCGGAUUGCCUUAGAAGGGCCCUUUUCAACAGCUAGGUUUCUUCAAGGACGCCAAGAUAUUGACAUUAUCUCCUUUCACCUGAGAACUUGGCCAGCACUUCAUGGAGUUCGAUAUAUCGAUGAUAAAGAACUUUUCGAUCGAGUCCAAGAAGCUAUGGAAGAUAUCGUCAGCCGUGUCCAGGCACGGAUCCUCAAAGAUUCAAUGGACAGUCGCCCUCGCGCCCCGGGCCUUCCUUUCGCCCAAGCCAUCUUGUCUCUCUUCUAUCUUAAUCUUCCGACGGAGGGAAUAAUUGUCGGCAUCUUUCUCGCCCUCGCCCAUUCCAAGAAAACCCAUGAACUGAAGUCUUGUCUCAACAUUUUAAGUCACUUCGAAGGAAAAUACAACGGUCAAGUUAAGUUCAAAAUUCCAAAACAAUGUACUUCCAUCGCAUUAAAAUGUUUUCGCGAACACCACCUCCCCUGGGCUCUGGACCUCCUCAUGAACUACCACAACCGACAUAAUAAAACCUUCGCAAAUGUUAUCCUUGAAGCCGCGGAUAAAUACCCAAAGCAGGCUGCCAUUGUAUUCGAACAUUUUCUUAAACCUCUGCACGUCACGUCGCUCUGGAACCCCCAAAUCAGUUUUCGAAAGCCCGCCGGUUGGCCCUCGAAGUGGUUUCUGAGGGAGCUGGCUCUCAAAUAUGCACUCUCUAACCACCAUUACCCCACUACAGCAACAAGAAGAAUCAUACAUCUCCGCUAUCUCUACCGAAGAUACGGGUAUGGUGUUAGCAUGCACAUCACGAGAGCGUUAGUUGCAACCGCCAUGAUCCGAACUGCCACGCAUAGAUUAUGGGCGGGGCGCGAUUUAAAAGCCACCGAGGAUUUGUUCAAGCAUGAAAGGCUCAAAUACGCCAUCUCAGUGUUUAUGAAAGAUGCGGACCAAAGUCCGACGUACCUAGCAGGAUUGACAAAUGAACAGGCUGCAGCAAAGAAAAGAGGAUUCGUCGAGAAGUGCAUUAAAGAAGUUUGGGAAGAAAUUUUCAAGUGGAAGAAGUACCAAUUUGCUCUUGCAACAGAAAAGAGGAACCGGACUAAAGGUAUUAUAUAG